AUGGGCACCAAUGCUACGGUUGUGCCAUUUUUGCAGUCAUUGGGUGUUCCCCAAGACAUUGUGGCACCGGCAAACUCGUCGACUCCGUAUGCGGCAAUUGGAUACUCUGGAAUACUAGGUCUGUCAAAAGACGACCUCAACGACCUCGCAGACAAGCUGAAUGCCCAUCGCAACAGCUCUGGAUUACACCCGCUUGCUCUUCAUCCUGCGCUGGUUGCUACAUCUCAGGCGCACAGCUAUUCGAUGAACCGGGCCGGAAACAUGACCAGCUACGAUCCCAGUGGGUCGCUUGCGCAGCGCGUGGACCGACACGGGUUUGACUAUGGCGCACUCGGCGAAAUGGUGCUCGCUGGCACCCAUGGUGUGACUGAGGCCAUCUCGCAGCUGUGCGCACCAGGCAGCAGCACCCUCAGUGGGAUUUUAAGCCCGGAGUACGCCUACAUGGGGGCCGGGCGAUCCGGGCAGUUUUGGACUGUGCAGCUUGCACGCGGCCGUGAUGGUGGUCCACUGUGA